AUGGUGCAGGGCUCGCCGGCUCGACUGCGGACGGAGCUGUGGCUGCAGCAGCGGCUGCUGAGGCUGGCGGGCCAGUGGGCGCCGCGGGCCAGACUGGCUGCGUGGCUGUACGCCGCCUACGCCGGCGCCGUCGUGGCCUCCAUGCUGUUCCUGGUGGCCAGCCAGCUGUCCGCCAUGCUGCACUUCUGGGGCGACAUCCUCAGCGCCACCAACAACGCCUGCGUUACCUCCAGCUACUCAAUGGCCGUCUUCAAGUUUUUCGCCUUCCGCGUGAUGCGGCCCUCUGUCGAACGCCUCAUUCACGACCUCGACAGAUGCCUGCAAGUGUACGGGCAGGAGUACGCGGUCCAGAAGGCGGCCGUGUUCGGCGCGUGCGCGCAGAGGGGCCGGCUGGUGGCGCGGUUGCAGGUGUCGCUGGGCGUGUCCGUCUACCUCAGCUGGGUGGUGUUGCCUGCCCUGCGCGCGCAGGCCUGCCACUCCGCAGAGUGCCGCGUCCACAGUGGCUUCCCCGCGCUGGUCUGGUACCCCUUCUCCUUCACAGAGCCGCCCGUCUACCAGAUGAUCUACGCUGUCAUCUCCAUGGGCCUCUUCUACGGCUGCAUCAUCUUCACGUCCCAAGACGGCUUCUUCUGGUCGCUUAUCAUCUAUGUAGGGGCACACUUGCGCUUCCUCAACUUCAUGGUGACCAACAUGUCAAGCGGCGACAGCGACACGAAGUCUCCUAGAGGGUCUCCACAACUGGAGGAGAAGAUGAGGCGACGCCUCAAGGAGUGCGUUUGCUACCACAACGACAUAGACAGGUGGGACUCGCCGUACAGAGAAGGUGUGUUCAGCGACUGA